AUGGCAGCUACUGGAGAGAUUGCUGGAAUUGCCGCAGAUGGCGACCCUCCUCGCUAUCCCGGACGCGAAGGUCCAAUUCCCCCUUCUAAUCGCCUCCUCCACGACCCAAAUGUCUCCUUCUAUGAGUACACCUACUACGCAAAGUUGACGCGAGAGGAGGAGGAAGAGACACACAAGACCAGCCCCCCAACUGUAGGCUUCAUGCAGGUUCUCUUCCCCACCAAAUCCUCCGGAGGUGUGACGCCAAUCGACACGCACGGUAACAACGGCUCGAAUGGAGAGGACAAAGGGAUCUCCGAGAAGAAGGUAGGAGAGCUGCAGCAGAGGAUCGAGAUCUCGGAGGCCGAAUGGACAAACGCUUCUCGUGCUGUGAGGACAGCAUCGGGAUCCGCUUGCUUCUACCUCAUUACCACCGAUAUCCUUGGUCCCUUUGGCAUUGGGUUCUCUAUGGGUACUUUGGGAUGGGGUCCUGGCAUUGGGCUCUUCACGCUGUUUGGUGUUUUAGCAGGAUAUUCCGGCUGGCUGUUGUGGACCGUUUUCCUAGGCGUCGACUCGUACCAGUUUCCCGCCAAGAACUAUGGCGAUCUCGCGUUCCGGACUUGGGGCCGUCCAUUAAGACAUAUCGUCAACUUCCUGCAAGGUCUACAGCUCCUGAUAUCCGUUGGUGUCAUCGUCAUCAGCAACGGGCAAGCCCUUUCCCAGGUGUCCAAAUUCAAACUCUGCUACGCUGUGUGCUGUCUGAUCUGGGCAAUCCUUGGCUUUGCAGUUGGUCAAGUACGAACUCUGCAGAAAUUCGGCAUCUUGGCCAAUGUGGCUGUUUUCAUCAAUCUUUUGAUCAUGUUCAUUUCGAUGGGAGUCUUUGCCCACAGUCCACCUAACUUCGCGAUCUCUGUGCUCGGAAGUGCGGGCUCAGUCGUUGACUCAACUACGAUCACACCUGAUAACUCGACGGGCGUACUCGUAUACCCGCCUAUCAUACAUUACAAUGGAAUGCCGAGCAAGGAUCUUGCAGUGGGUAUUUUCGGUUUGAUGCAAGGUGUAUAUGCGUACGCCGGUGCUCAGCUCUUCAUCGAAUUCAUGGCCGAACUAAAGAGACCUCGUGACUUUUUGAAAGCUAUGUGGGGAGCGCAAUUCUUCAUCUACUCCUGCUACAUGAUCUACGGCUGUUACACAUACUUCUGGCAAGGCCAAUAUUCCUACCAAAUCUCAUACCAAGGCGUCUCCCCUUACAGCUGGCAAACCUUAGGCAAUAUGCUCGCAGUGACCUCCGGACUCAUCGCCGCCGCCCUCUACGGCAAUAUUGGCAUCAAAGUAAUCUACAACAACCUGUUGAUGGAAUGGUUCCACGCCCCAGCCCUCAUCACCAAACGCGGCAAGACCCUCUGGGCGGCCAUUGUCCCGAUCUACUGGACCAUCGCCUUCAUCCUCGCAGCGUCAAUUCCAGAUUUCUUCGGCCUCACUGGAGUCACGGCUGCCGUCUGCUUCGUGCAGUUCACCUACACUUUCCCUCCGUUGAUAGCCCUCGGGUACCGCAUUCAAACGCAUGCUUUGCAGGAAGGCGAAGGCUUCGACCCCGCUACCGGCGUCGUCACGCUUCACGAUCGCGGCCUUAGGAGGGUCAUCCGCGGAUUCUUCGCUGAUAAGUGGUAUUUGAAUGUCCUGCAUAUUCUUUAUGCAAUGGGUGCGCUUUGUGUCUCGGGAUUGGGAGCGUACUCGUCUUGCCAUUUCCUCAUUGAGGCGUUCAAGAAUCCGCAGGUCAAUGCUUUCUCAUGCACGAGUCCGCUGAACUUGAAUCCGUGA